AACCGGAGGACCGCCCGCUGCUGACUGACCAAGAAACCAGUGAAAUUCUGAUAAUGAAACUACAAACGGUGUCUCCAGCUCUCUCACAGCCACUGGUAUUUCCUCUCCCGGUGUAAAACAUCACAGAGAGACUGUGUGUGUGUGUGUGUGUGUGUGUGUGUGUGUGUGUGUGUGUGUGUGUGUGUGUGAGUGAGGGAGAGAAAGGAAGAGGGAGGGAUUGACAGAGGAAAGUGGACAGAGCAGCUGGAGUUUAGUUUUCAGAGCAUCUGGAUAUCUGGCCCAAGAGCGAAGAAGAAGAAUUUGGAUGUAUGGAAAAUUACCUGAAAGCAGAGGAAAAGACCGAAAAGGCAGAGUAGAAGAAGAGCGGAGGAGCCGGCGGAGGGAAAUAAGGAGGAGAAAAGUUGUUUUUCUAUCGGGACAGGAGGACUGAGGAGCAGGAAUGUUGCCGGUGAUCCUGACGGUUUACCUCAAUGACACCCAGCAGAUGCUAACUGAGGUCCCAGUUACUCCGGCAACCAGAGUGAUCGACGUGGUCGAAUAUUGCAAAGAAGCUGGCGAGGGGGAGUGUCACCUGGCUGAAGUAUGGAAUGGGCAUGAGCGUGUUCUCCCUCAGGAGGUGUUAUUGUUGGAUCUUCUCCAGCAGUGGGGAGCCAGGAGGCCGGAGGUCAGCUUCUACCUCAGACACUGCCCCUCCUGGACACAAGGAAGUCCGCAGCCUUUGGAGCAGAGCUGGACCACAGAAGCGACAGAGAGUGCUAAUGACAGGGUUCCCCGUGUGGAGCUGACCCUCUCCGAGCUGCAGGAAAUGGCCACGAGACAACAGCAACAAAUAGAGGCUCAGCAACAGAUGUUGGUCGCCAAGGAGCAGAGACUGAGGUACCUUCACCAGGGAGGCAGAUCUAACCAAGGACAGACACAGUCUGAAGCUGAGAAGCUGCAGCGUCUGAAGGAGCGAGUGGAGACUCAGGAAGCCAAGCUGAAGAAGAUCCGAGCCAUGAGAGGACAAGUCGACUACAGCAAACUGAUCAACGGAAACCUCUCUGCAGAGAUCGACCAUGUCAGCAGCCUGUUUCAGGAGAAGCAGGCCGAGCUGCAGUCUGCUGUGGUCAGAGUCGACCAGUUGACCCAGCAGUUGGAGGAUUUGAGGAGAGGACGCCUUCAGAUGCACUCUGUUGCACCAGCACAGGGGCCACCCACCGGGUCCCAGGGGGCACCCACUGGCCAGAAAGGAUCCCCCUUGUCUGGUCCUGCAGCCCUUGAGCUGAGAAAACUCUACCAGGAGCUGCAGGCUCGUAACCGUCACAACCUGGAGCAGAGCAGCAAGUUGGCCCAGAACAAGGAGCUGCUGAACAAGAGAAACGCCCAGGUGACAGUGAUGGACCAACGCAUCGGAGACCUGAGAGAACGACUGCAUAAGAAGAGAGCAGAAUUGAGUCGUAUGAAUGGAGGAGGCCUGUCCUCGCCUCAGUCCUCUUCCCACCCAGGCGGUGGGGUUUCAGGGCGGGUAGCUGCUGUUUGCCCCUACAUCCAGGUUCCAGCGGAGGGGAGACAGGAGGCGGGGUACCCCCUGCCCGCUGACCCACCGUCCAAACCCACCCCCCUCAGCCACAUCCGCUCCCUCUCAGAGGAAGAAAGGAGUGGCAUCAGGAAGCCUCCCAGCCAAUGGAAAGUGUCAGAUUUAGACAUCGUCCUGUCAGAGCCCACUGAGACGUGGGAGGGACCUCGGUCCCCUAAGGCGGGCGACAGUAACAACACUAAUGAAGCGUCAUGGCCUAGCAUCAGUAAGAGUGUGUCAGAUUGGAGGACCAACAGUCCAGAACAGCUUCCCUCUGGUUAUGGUACUUACCCCAGUGCCACCCACCAGGCGGCAGGGCAUCACUCUGCCACCAGCUCCCUGCCCCGCUCUGCCCCUGGUACACUGGGCUGGCCCCGAUCCAGUGCUGCAAAUGCCACCUCAUCCUCCUCUUCAUCAUCUUCCUCUUCACAACAAAUACAGCAACGGAUCUCUGUUCCUCCAAAUUCAAGCCAAGGUGAUUUAAAGGACUCCAACUCCCAGCCUUCUCCCUUGUCCCCACAAACGGAGCGAACAGAUCCACCUCCAGCUGUGGCCGUGCGUCCCUACGUCCCAGAACACCCCUCCAGGCCCCAGUCCCCCAGGAAGGGCCCCGCCACCAUGAACAGCAGCUCCAUCUACAGCAUGUACCUCCAGCAGCCUCAGGCCAAAAACUAUGGCUCUCUCAGCAACAAGACUGCUGUUAAAGCAGUCUAUGGUAAACCCAUCCUCCCCACCUCCUCCACCUCUCCAUCUCCUGUCCCUUUUCUCCAAGGAGGAGGAGGAGGAGUAAAAGCAGGAGGAGAGGAUGUUACAGAUAAAGAAGGGGGGAAAGGAGGAGGCGAGAGCAGUGAUGGGCAAAUCCUCCCUCCACCCACUGUGGACAACAUCCCUCGUCCCCUCAGUCCCACUAAGCUUACCCCAGUUGCCCACUCCCAGCUACGUUACCAGAGUGAUGCUGACCUGGAGGUUCUCCGCCGGCGUCUCAGCAAUGCUCCUCGACCUCUGAAGAAACGGAGCUCCAUAACCGAACCUGAAGGCCCACAGGGGCCAAACAUCCAAAAACUACUGUACCAGAGGUUCAACACAUUGGCGGGAGGCAUGGAAGGAGGUUCAGGCAACACGUUCUACCAGCCUGACUGCCUUUUGGGUGAAAUGGACAACAUUCAUUCAGCAAAUGGGAAUGUAGAACCUGGAGACAAGCACGUCAGUAUGGCGACCACAGAGGGCGAAGUUCAAAACGUGAACUCAGGCUCCCGCCGCUUGUCCCCUCCUUCUGUUGCCAUAGAAACACCCAAAGACACAACAGCAAAAGCAGAAACUACCAAUAAUGCGUCUCCACCGACCCAAACCAGCCCAUCCCCUGCACCUGAUAGGCCAGAGGACCAGAACAACAACAACCAGAAAGGAUCAAGUCCUGUACACAACUCUGUAGGCCACGCUUCCCCCUCCCCAUCACCUCCUGCCCCACCUUCAAAGCCUAAGGUGAAGCGAACCAACCUGAAGAAGCCGUCAUCAGAGCGAACAGGCCACGGUCUGAGAGUGAAGUUUAACCCUCUAGCUCUGCUGCUGGACGCAUCGUUAGAAGGAGAGUUUGAUCUGGUGCAGAGGAUUAUAUAUGAGGUGGAAAACCCCAGCAUGCCUAAUGAUGAAGGCAUAACUCCUCUUCAUAACGCUGUCUGCGCCGGCCAUCACCACAUUGUGAAGUUCCUGCUGGACUUUGGAGUGAAUGUAAACGCAGCCGACAGUGACGGAUGGACCCCUCUGCACUGCGCAGCUUCAUGUAACAGCGUCCACCUCUGUAAGAUGCUGGUGGAGUCAGGGGCUGCCAUUUUCGCCACAACGAUUAGUGACGUGGAAACAGCGGCAGACAAAUGUGAAGAAAUGGAGGAGGGCUAUACACAGUGUUCUCAGUUCCUCUAUGGUGUACAAGAAAAGUUGGGUGUGAUGAACAAAGGCUUGGUCUACGCUCUCUGGGACUACACAGCCCAGCAGGCUGAUGAGCUGUCCUUCAGCGAGGGUGAAGCCCUCACCAUGCUGCGUCGUCAUGACGACACAGAGACAGAGUGGUGGUGGGCACGGCUAAAUGACCGCGAGGGAUACGUACCCAGAAACCUGCUGGGGCUGUAUCCAAGGAUCAAACCCAGACAACGCUCGCUGGCGUAAAGCCCAGAUCAGGAGCCACGUGCACGCUCGCAGAGGGCGCAUGCGCGCAGAGAAGAAGAAGUGGAGCAGCAGCAGCAGCAGGAGGAUGUGGGUGGAAGUGUUAGCCAAGAGAGAAAGAACAAAGGAUGGAGGUAGUCAGGAGGCAGAGAGAAGGAAACAUAGCUGGAGCUCACAACUCUGAUGAAGCAACUUUUUUUUCCAGUUUGUUUGGAUGUGAUGCUGGAACCACAGAGCCACUUUAUGGUAGAAUCAUAAUAUAUUUUCACUGAGUUGCUGCAGUUAGAGGAAAUCGCCUGAAUCUUAUUUUGAGCAACAGUAGCUUGGCAAUUUCUCACCAGUUCAGCCGCAUGAGAGAAACUGAAUAGAAAAAAAAGGAAAAUAUCUGUCAUUUGGAUGCAGCUUUGAGUUCGUUCAGCUCGGAACAUGAAAACAUGAGCUUGGAUUUAUGAGGCUCUCUGUGACAUUCAUUCAAAUAAUCUUUGAAUGACACUUUAUUUUUGUAUGGUGUUAAAGGUCCCAUGUUAUAAAAAGUCAGAUUUCCAUGACUUUUUUAUUAUACAACAAGCAUAGGUAAUAAAUAAAUACCUUGAAAAGUAUCAAAACGUUCAAUCCACAGAGAAAUGCACACAGUUUGUAUUCAGAAACUGUGCCUUUAAACGAGUCAUCAAGACUUCCAUGAAGUUGUGAUGUCACAACUGUACUAUUUAAAGGUAGAAACUGGUGCUGUAGUGUUGUUACAGUCAUUUCCUGGAUACAAUAAUAGAGUGUGCCAGUAAACCCGGAACUCCGUUAGCGCUUUUAGCACUUCCGGUUCUCUCGUCUAAAAGUCAAUACGUUUUUUGAAUGGGAUUUUGGUAAAAUGCCUUAACAAAGGCUUAAGCAAGUUUCAGGUUUUGUUCGACGACAUAAAACAUGUCAGUAAAUACGCUACUUGUGAAUUUUGAAGCUUUUACGUGUCGCAAAAAAGGCGGUUGCUAACAAGUUGCUCAAUACGACUACAAACCCUGUCGGGGACAUUAAACGUCAUCACCCCCGAACAGGCGAGAGUGCUGGCAGUCCACCAUUACAGCUUUUUAUUUAGCUUAAACAGUCCAAUUUCCCCAUUAUACAAUGUUUUUAAAAUAAAGUGGCCGAAAUCAGUUGAAAGCUUAGUGGCGGUGACGUCAAGAGUCACGCGACCGUGGAGUAGUCACGUAGUCCGUUAAAGCCUAACGUUAGCUUUUUACUUCUGGCAAUCGCAUUUAAGCUUCAAAUGCGGUAUGAAAGGUGAAGAUGUGUGAAGAUUAUCUCGCUGAACAAAACCUGUAAGUAUCAUAAACUUGUGUUAGCCACAGAGCUUAUUUUCUGACAUAAUCCAAAACGCAAUGCAAAAAUCACAUUCACUUUCUCUUCCGGGAACCAGCGCAAUGCUAAACUUCUGGGUUUUGAAGUCAGCCCUGGCACACUCUAUAGUGCAGAGACACUGUGAGCACAGAUGUGGAAGACCCAGAAAUGCUGACCAAUCAGAGCAGACUUGGCUUUUUUGGGAGGGGGGAGCUUAAAGAGACAGGCACUAAAACAGAACAUUGCAGUCAGAAGGUGAGUACAGGUAUAUUCAGGCAGACAGUUUGAGAAAAAUAAUGUGUUUUUUGAACAUUAAAGCAAAUAAACAUGUUCUAGAAAGAACCCCAAAUAUAAGUAUGAACCUGAAAAUUAGCAUAAUAUGAGACCUUUGAUAAAAAAAAAAAACACCCAGAUGGAUCUUCAUAAAGCCGAGCUCAUUAACCGCAUAGCAAUGAACAUAGUAUGUUGUCUGAAAACACUUUCACACUGUGUGGUGUGAAGAUUUAAAUGCAGUAAAUUUACAGGUUAGAUCAGGGGAGAGUGUGUGUGAGAUGUGAAAUGUGAAGUUGGAGAGAGGAAAGUGAGAGGAGGGAACGGAUACUUUGAAUGUGUGUUAAAGGAAGCUUUAUCAGGUCACUGAUAAAGCAGCGAUUAGUUGUGUUAGCAGGAAUAAAGUUGGAAGCGCAACCACAAGAAACAGAAUCCAGCAAGCUUAUGAUGCAUGGUGGCCGAGGUCCACAUCAACCCACACGAGCAACAGAUGUUGACAAUAUAAUAUUAUGGUAUGGUAAGAAAAAAAAAAGCUUUUCUAUUUGAAGUGAUAUCAGAAAAAUAGUUCACUCUGAUUUCACAUAAUGAAAAAAGAAGCAUCUGUGAGUGAUUAUGGAUGUCUCAACCUUUUACUAUUCUGUAUUUCUGUUGACUCAGCACUGGUGCAUGCUGUCAUAUCAACAUCUGUUCAACUGCAAACUGGUUGCUGCUGGUGAGAGAGGAGGGAAAGAGGAGGACAGAAGGAAAAUAAGAAUGUGAAAAAUGUGUUUGUGAAGUACAAAUGAAUUUAUAAAACCAAAGCAGCUACAGUACGGGAAGGAGGAGAAAUUAAAGUGACAAUAUUUUUUUCAUUUUGAACAAAACUUCUUCCAGUCUUCACCCAUUGACACAUAAUACCUGGUCCAGACUAGGACCUGGCACAUAAUGGUCCUCUUACUGGGGCAGCACUGGUACCAGGCUCUAACAUUAACUAUAUGAUACAGCAGUGUUUCCCAUCUACCAAAAGCUCAGUGGCAUAUUUAAAGGAAAAACCUGAGUUUAAAAGGUAAAAAUUAUAAUUGUAUACAUUUUUCAUGGGCUAACUGUUUUAAAAUGAAGCUGAAUUAGCUGACAGUGAAUGAAAAAACAACUUGACUUUCUCAUAUUUUUUUCUUUUCAUAUUUACAUAUUUCAGUAGUUGUAUGAAAUGUAUUAUUCCCCUGAUUUGUUGUUUUAUUUAAACAGUUGUUUUUCUAUAUUAUUAAUAUUAUUAUUAUUGUUAUUAUUGGACACACUGCUUCUGUUUCCUUAUCUGUCAGUGUUGGCGCCACUCACUGCUGCCACCCAGUGUACAGACACGUCCUCACACAAAGCGUCAUUUCCUUGACCCCGCUGUGUAAAAUAUGAAGCAAUAAGUUUUGUGAUGUUUGAUGUGAGAAUGGCACAUUGGUGUGUGAGGAGUGCAGACCAUUACCUUGUGUAUAUGCAACCUGUAACUAAACAGCUAAUGUACAAAAAUAAUAAAGAAAGUAUAAUCCCUA